CUCUCUCUGCUCUCUUCUCAGAUUUUGUUUCCUUACUCCCUCAGCUCUUUGUUUUGUUUUGUUUUCUUCAGGUUCUUAAUUUCAUAUUUGCCUUUUCUGCAAUCUUUGUUUUUUAUUAACUCAGAUCUUGUCCUGUCGUGUUUGGAGCGUCUUUCAGGAUUAGGGGUUUGUAGAUCAAUCAGUUGCUGCUUAAUCUGAUGGAAUCUUAGCUUCUGUUAUUGAGAUUGACCAUUUAUCUAACUUCUGUUAGGUUCUGUAGAUUCCUAGUUAAAUUGAUCUUUCUAUUGUUUUAUUUUCUUGGGGAUCUGUAAUUCAAUAAAUUGUUUGUUUUGGGCUUUUUUUUAAUAAGUGUAUUUUGGAAUGGUGAUCAAAAAGGGAUUCAUAAGCAUUUUCAUUUAGUAGGUAGGCACUGCCCUGCUGUGAAAGACAAGAAGCUGAAGUCUAAUUAUUUUUUAGCUAGUGGGAUUAUAUAAAAAAAAGAAGAGAAUAUAUAUAUAGAUCAUGGGCUUACUCUGCAGUAGAAGUCGACAUCAUACAGAAGAUACCGACGAGAAUGCACAGGCUGCUGAAAUCGAAAGACGGAUAGAGCAAGAGGCAAAGGCUGAAAAACAUAUUCGGAAACUUCUCCUACUUGGUGCUGGAGAAUCAGGAAAGUCUACUAUUUUUAAGCAGAUAAAACUUCUCUUCCAAACUGGAUUCGAUGAAGGAGAGCUAAAGAGCUAUGUUCCGGUCAUCCAUGCCAAUGUCUAUCAGACUAUAAAAUUAUUGCAUGAUGGAACGAAGGAGUUUGCUCAAAAUGAAACUGAUCCUGCAAAAUAUACGUUAUCCUCUGAAAAUAUGGCCAUUGGGGAGAAACUAUCUGAAAUUGGAGCUAGGUUAGACUAUCCGCGUCUUACCAAGGACCUCGCUGAGGGAAUAGAAACACUAUGGAAUGAUCCUGCUAUCCAGGAAACAUGUUCUCGUGGUAAUGAGCUUCAGGUUCCCGAUUGUACUAAAUAUCUGAUGGAGAACUUGAAGAGACUUUCAGAUGUCAACUAUAUUCCAACCAAGGAGGAUGUUCUGUAUGCGAGAGUUCGCACAACUGGUGUCGUGGAAAUACAGUUCAGCCCUGUGGGAGAAAAUAAGAAAAGUGGUGAAGUGUACCGAUUGUUUGACGUGGGUGGACAGAGAAAUGAGAGAAGGAAAUGGAUUCAUCUGUUUGAAGGUGUUACUGCUGUUAUUUUCUGUGCUGCCAUCAGCGAGUACGACCAAACACUAUUUGAGGACGAGCAGAAAAACAGGAUGAUGGAGACCAAAGAACUGUUCGACUGGGUCUUGAAACAGCCCUGUUUCGAGAAAACAUCCAUCAUGUUAUUCCUCAACAAGUUUGACAUAUUUGAGAAGAAGGUUCUUGAUGUUCCGUUGAAUGUUUGCGAGUGGUUCAGAGAUUACCAACCAGUUUCGAGUGGGAAACAAGAGAUCGAGCAUGCCUACGAGUUUGUGAAGAAGAAAUUUGAGGAAUUAUAUUACCAGAACACUGCGCCGGAUCGAGUGGACAGGGUGUUUAAGAUCUACAGGACGACGGCUUUGGAUCAGAAGCUUGUGAAGAAAACGUUCAAGCUUGUAGAUGAGACUCUAAGAAGGAGAAACCUCUUGGAGGCUGGUCUUUUAUGA